UAAAAUAUUUGUCGAUUUCAAUAUGGCGAAACAUCAGCGUGGGGACUCAGAGUCCAGCUCAGAAAAAGACUUAAGCGAGAAAAUGUCUGAUCUGAGCGAUGAUGAAGGACCAGAGGAAGUCACGUUUGGUGACUCGAAGGCCGUCGCGUUAAAGAGCGUUAAAGACGCGCGGGAUUCUGUCCAAAGGGCAAAAGAGUUGCUGAAGGAGAAAAGGAGAAAAAGACAGUUGCUUUUCCAAGAACAAAAGAAAAGCAGACUUUUACCAGAAGCUCUUUUGGAGGAAUUUGACACAGUGGCUCAAAAACCUCCAGCAUUGCCAGAUGAGAAAGGUGAUGCAGGUGAGCAGCAGGAAGAAGAGAAGGAAAUAAAAUUAAGGAAGCGAAAUAGAGUGUCUAAAAGUUUGCAGGGCAAAUGCAAGGUGAUGCGGGUGAAAGACGGGUCUGCCGAUAUCUCGAUGCAGAAAUCAGCUAUGGACUUCAUCCAAGCACGUCUGUACGGUCCGGGAACCCAAAGAACAACCAAUGCUAAACUUCUCUCUCUGCAAAGGAAACGUGGCCCCGAUCAAGGAGCCGCAGUGCAGUUUGUGAAUAAAAAGUGGGGAGCAGACCAAAAGGCCAAGGCAGAAAAGUGCAACAAGAGGUUUAUUCACAGACAGAAACUUAUCCCCAGCUGAGACAUUUAGAGAGGUUUUCACGUGCGACAGCAUGAUGAAGACUGCCUGCUCAGAUUUCAGCUGUUUCAGCCAGUGCUGUACAAACCAGACUGCAAGUCACAUGGGUUCUCCUGGAAAACACUGCUCUAUUGACCAGUGACUUGGAGCAUCGGGUCCACAAACCUGGGAUAGAUUGUUUCCUUAUUUGUAAGAAUUCUAUAGAACAUGCUAAAAAAAAGUGUUUAAAAUACAAAAAAAAUUGAAUAUAAAUACUUCAGUUGAACAUGUGAUCAUUAAUAAUGUCCAAGUUUUGUUAAUAUAAUGGUCCAUAUUCAUGUAGUUUAAAGGUCUUUCUAAGUUACCCACAAUGCUGUUUGGCUACUAAAUGAUCAUUGGAAUUGAUCCAUGAUGCAUCUCUAAGUAAAGGAAGCGAAGCAGCAGUGCUCUAUUAUUUGAAUCUGUCCAGCUCUAUUUACAUCAGCUUUCAUAUCUCAUUGUAUAGCUGCAGCAUAAUCUGGAACUUUGUGUCCAGUGUUUCCUCCACUUGUUCUACAUUAAAUCUCUCAUUAAUAAAAUAGAUUUGCUGUGCCAAAAACAAACGUUUAAUGUCAGAU